CGAGAUCCAAAUUUCUACACGGAAACUUGAUGCUGUUGCACACAGGGAAACGCAGCAGAUGUGUUGUCUUGUUGAUUUUUAAGGGUUUGCUUGACAGACUGAGAAUAAUCUUCUCCAGUAAUGAGUUUAUUUCUUCCCAAAUUGUCUUGCAAGAAAGACAUCGAUACAGUCAUUAAGACUGUUGCUGAAAAGGUUCUGGUUCUACGAUUUGGAAGAGAUGAGGAUGCUGUGUGCAUGCAACUAGAUGAAGUUCUGUCAAAAACAUCCCAUGACUUAAGCAACAUGGCCGCUAUCUAUCUUGUGGAUGCGGAGAAGGCACCCAUUUACACUCGCUAUUUUGACAUCAGUUUCAUCCCAUCCACGGUGUUCUUUUUCAAUGGACAACACAUGAAAGUUGACUACGGGUCUCCAGAUCACACGAAGUUUGUGGGGAGCUUCAAAACCAAGCAAGACUUCUUGGAUCUCAUAGAAGUUAUCUAUCGAGGAGCCAUGAGAGGAAAGCUAAUCGUUCAGAGCCCAAUAGAUCCCAGAAACAUUCCUAAGUACAAUCUACUAUACCAUGACAUCUAGUGUAGGGUAAAGGAAUGGACAAACUUGUCAGUCGUCUGAAACUGAUUAGCCAUUUGUUUCCCAUGGAAACAACCAAACACGACGCAUAAGUUUGAGUUUCUUCUUGUGUCAGAAUAAGUGGCCAAAUAUUGAUGGCCCUAAUCUUGGCUUGAUUCUUUGAUAAACCUACAUUUUUGGUUGUGCUAUUUUAAUAAGAUCAUUACAAUAAAUGUUUAUACUCUUUCAGA